AUGGUCAAGGUUGCUAUUGCAGGUGGCUCCGGCCAGGUUGCACGAGAAGUCAUCGACGCACUUAUUGCAACUAAGAAGCAUGAGAUCACUAUUCUAAGUCGGACGGAGGCUACUAGCAAGACCUUUCCACCGGCUGGAACGAAGUGGCAAGCAGUUGAUUACAGCGACAUACCCUCACUCACUGCAGCACUUCAAGGCACCCAUACAGUCUUAUCCUUCAUCCAGCUUCUCUCAGACCCGGAGCAGACAGCACAGAAGAAUCUCGUUGACGCUGCCGUCGGUGCCGGCGUCAAGCGGUUUGCACCAAGUGAAUAUGGAAGUAAGGGUACGGUUGACAUGCCAUGGUGGCAUGGGAAAGAAAUAGUCAGAGGCUACCUACGGGCCAUUAACGAAGAAGAGGAUGUUCUCGAAUAUACUUUGUUUCAGCCAGGCCUUUUUCUUGACUACACUGCUUUCCCCCACAAGACAUCCAAAUAUUUGGACCCCCUACAAACUGUCUGGGAUUUCAAGAACAGGCGUGCGAUCAUUGUGGAAGGAUACGAAGAGGCUGUUAUGACCUUGACCACUGUCGCAGACUUGGCUGCCAUUGUUGCUCUGGCGGUAGGAUAUGAAGGUCGAUGGCCGACAAACGGUGGCAUAAGAGGCAAUCGAGUCACUGUCUCACAAAUUGUUGAGAUUGGUGGCAGGGUCAGAGGCGCCCCCUUCGCGGUUGAAAAAGUCCGAUUGGACGAUCUCGAAGCUGGAGAGCUCAAGACCUCAUGGAAUCUCGAAGCAGUACAUCAUGCUGUUGCUCAGGAGGAUGCAGCUGCCCUUCUCAAGAUGGUAUCCAUUGGUGUCCUCACAAGUUGUACAAAAGGAGCUUGGGAUGUGUCUGACGAACUCAGCAGUCUCUUUCCAGACUAUCAAUCCACUUCAAUCGAGGACUUUCAUAGAGGAUUGUGGGAGGGUAAAAGAUCUUAG